AUGGGGCUGGUGGCACGUCGGCUUGAAGAAAAAGAAUGUCUGUUGCAGAACACUCUGUCAGCGGUGGAGAAGGAACCAUUAUUACGACAGCAGGCUAUGGAAAUGCAUAAAAGAAAGGCCAUAGAGUCUGCACAGUCAGCGGCUGAUCUUAAACUUCAUCUUGAAAAAUAUCCCGCACAGAUGAAAGAAGCACAGCAGGUGGUCGCAGAGAAAACAAGCGCGCUUGAGGCGGAGGCUUACAAAACAAAAAGAUUACAUGUGAGAUAUUUCAUGGUCUAA